AUGCGCCCCUCCACCCUCCUCCGCUACCUAGCCGCCUCCCUCUUACCCACCACCCUCGCCUCACAACAACUCCUUCCCCGAGAAGACGGACCCUCAGGCGACCUGACAACCGGCCACGACGGCUCAACGACCACCACAGGCGGCGGCGACAAUGACAGCACAUUCAACGACAAAGUCGUCCCCGAACUCACAUCCCUCACCAGCGACACCCUAAAACCAAGCAUAGAGUCCGGCUACUGGCUUGUCGAGUUUUUCAGCCCCUACUGCGUCCACUGCAAACACUUCGCCCCGACCUGGCAGACUCUCUACGAAUUCUACUACACCCAAGACACCAUCGCCUCCACCUCCGCACCCAUAGGUUCAGCAGAAGCAGCGAGUUCGUUUACAAAAUACUAUGAUUUCCACUUCGCCAAGGUUGAUUGCGCGAGCAAUGGGGAUGCAUGCGCGGAUAACAAGAUCAAUAGUUUUCCGACCAUCGUGAUGUUCAAGGAUGGAGAGGUGGUGAAGCAGCAGGUUGGUGGGAAGGAUAUUAAAUUCAUGGGUAAAUUCGUAGAGGAGGUAUUAGAAACAAUCCACCCCGGGAGUAGACCGAAGGGAGGACCGAAGUUACCCAAGGCUGGUGACCAUGAGGUAGAGAAGACAUUGAUGCCGGAGCAGGCGCCUGGACCUGUGAAUAAGGAUGGGGUGGAGAUGAAAGCGACAGGGACGAAGUCACUACUCACCGCAACGAAAGUCGCGGAGCCAGUCACUCCAAACCUGGAUGGCAAGAGUAAAGCACUCACAGCCGAGAACUUCCAACGUCUGGUCACGACAACCCACGACCCCUGGUUCAUCAAAUUCUACGCCCCAUGGUGUCACCAUUGCCAAGCCAUGGCUCCAAACUGGCAAGGAAUGGCACGGCAAAUGAAAGGGCAACUCAACAUCGGCGAAGUAAACUGCGAGACCGAAAAGCGCCUCUGCAAAGACGUCAAAGUCAAAGGCUACCCCACCCUCCUCUUCUUCCGCGGCGGCGAAAGAGUCGAAUAUGACGGCCUUCGGGGCUUAGGAGAUUUAUUAGACUUCGCAAACAAAGCCAUCGCCGUAGCCGAACCCGUCAUGGACGUUAACAUGGCACAAUUCGAAGAGCUAGAGCAAAAAGAAGAAGUCCUCUUCCUCUACUUCUACGACGACGCGACCACAGCCGAAGACUUCGCCGCCCUAGACCGCCUAGUAAUGAGCCUAAUCGGCCACGCAAAACUUGUCAAAACGUCCGAUCCUGAACUCAACACCCGCUACAAAAUCUCCACCUGGCCCCGCCUUCUCGUCAGCCGCGACGGCAAACCAACCUACUACACCGCCCUAUCCCCCCGCGACAUGCGCGAAUUCCGACGCGUCCUAACCUGGAUGCAAGGAAACUGGCUUCCCAUCGUCCCGGAACUCACCGCCUCUAAUGCAAAAGAAGUCAUGGGCGCCAACAAACUCGUCGUUUUGGGAAUUCUGUCCCGCGAAAGGAAAGAAGAAUUCAUCAUCGCGAAGCGCGAGAUUAAAAACGCGGCGUUGGAGUGGAUCGAUAAGCAAACCCAGGCUUUCCAGCUCGAGAGGCAGGAAUUAAGGGAUGCGAAACAACUCCGGAUUGAAGAGGCCGAGGACCGGAAUGAUCAGCGGGCUUUGCGUGCCGCGAAGAGUAUCAGGAUUAACAUGGACGACAUCGAACGCAAAGACGUGGGGUUCGCAUGGGUGGACGGCGUGUUCUGGGAACGAUGGAUCCGGACUACGUUCGGCAUCUCCGUGGCGGGGGAUGGGGAGAGGGUGGUCAUGUAUGAUUAUUCCUCGCAUCGGUAUUGGGAUGUCACUAUGACGGGUUUCCCCAUCGUUCCUUCGCGGACGUCGAUAUUGGAGACGUUGCCGAGGGUUGUGAGUUCGCCGCCGAAGAUCCAGCCGAAGAGGACGAUGAGUGUGUUGGGGCAUGCGUGGUGGGUUUUGAAGGCCCAGGUGUGGGAGCAUCCGAGGGUGGGGGAGAAAGGGAGUGCGAUGGAUGGGUUGUUGGGGGGGAGUUCGAGUGGCAAUGGCCAAGGGAAGGUGGACUGA